AUGAAGGUAUCAACAGUCACGAUAGGCUCCUCCGCCUUCUUAGCCGGAGGCGCUUCAGCAUGGGGAGGCUUCGGACACAUCACCGUCGCCUACCUGGCCUCCAAUUUCGUCUCUAACACCACCGCCGCCUACUUCCAAACCCUCCUGCGCAACGACACCACCGACUACCUGGCCAACGUAGCCACCUGGGCCGACUCGAUCCGGUACACCAAAUGGGGCCGGUGGACGGGUCCCCUGCACUACAUCGACGCGAAGGACUCCCCGCCGCAUUCGUGCGGCAUCGUAUACGAGCGCGACUGCAAGCCCGAGGGCUGCGUGGUCAGCGCCAUCCAGAACUACACCUCGCGCGUGCUGGACCAGUCCCUGCACGUGGUCGAGCGCGCGCAGGCGGCCAAGUUCGUGAUCCAUUUCGUGGGCGACAUCCACCAGCCGCUGCACACGGAGGACGUGGAAAAGGGCGGGAACGGGAUAUCAGUGUUCUUCGACGACAAGAGGUUUAAUCUGCAUCAUGUGUGGGACUCCAGCAUUGCGGAGAAGAUUGUUACCCAUAAGAAGCAUGGUGUUGGCAGAAGGCCGUUUCCCGCGGCGAAGAAGUGGGCGGAGCAGCUGGCGGAGGAGAUUAGAGAGGGCCAGUAUAAGGCGAACAGUAGUGAGUGGGUGAAGGGCUUGGAGCUGAAGAGCGCGAGCGAGAUUGCGCUGGAGUGGGCGGUGGAGGGGAAUGCGCAUGUUUGUACUGUUGUCCUCCCCGAAGGCCCCGAAGCCAUCCGUGACCAGGAGCUCGGCGGUGCGUACUUCGAAGCCGCCGCCCCCGUCGUCGAAUUGCAGAUCGCAAAGGCCGGCUAUCGCCUGGCUGCCUGGCUGGACCUCGUCGUUACGGCUAUUAGCAAGAACGAGACAAUUAGCCCACCAACCCUACCAAUCCACAAGCCGGAUGACGCCGCUAACGUCGCCGGCAACAUUCCCGUUGCGGAACAAAAGCCCAUGGGAAUGAUGUUGGGCGGCGACCUAUAG